AUGACAACUGAGACACCCGCCACGAACGGCGCACCUACUGGCGACUAUUCAGCAGUAUGGGCAGACAAAUACCGUGGUGCGACAGUAGAGGACCUUGACCCCCCACCUGCGUUGUCCAUCCAACCCUCAGACCCCGUGUCAUGGGCGCUCAUGUCCGGCCUUGAGCGCGACUACACACACCUUACAGUCAUCUCACAAACGAAUCGCGCCCUACUCGGCUACAUUAGCAUCCCACAUCUGCAACAUCUCCUCAAAGAGGGGAAAGUCAAGGACAGUGAUCCUGUCGAGGCAGCCAUGCACAAGUUCCAGCGACGCGGCAGGAGAUACAAGGUUAUCACUACCGAGACGCCACUGGAGGAGCUCGAGCAGUUCUUCGCUGGUGGGGUAGAUGGAAGUGGGAAGCAGGAGUUCGCAGUGGUAACGGACGCGAGCAGGAAAUUCGUGCUGGGCGUGGCUACACGAGCUGAUCUGGAGAAUUUCGCGAAGAGGAGGGCAUAG